ACAGUGCACUCGCGGUAACGUAAACACCGUCUAACGUGAACACCGGCUAACGUGAACACGCUUUUUUUUACAUUGACUACUUUGUAACGUGAACGAACUUGCUUAGAAAGCUCAGUAACGUGAACAAAAUUUUUGUUCACUACGCUUUUUAUUAACAUACGGACAACACUGAAUACAUAAAAUUUUAUUUUUUAAGUUCGAGGAAUCCCCUAAUAUUGAAAAAUUUGCGCAAAUUUUUACUAUAUGACACGAAUUACUUCAGUUGAAGGUUUUUUCUUUCGCGGAGUGAUCAAUCAAUCGGAAUGAGUUCUAAAAAUUCGAAGUGUUUGCAAUUAAAAGAAUAAGCAGACAUUUUAGACAGUCUGAAAAAAGGAACAAGUGUGACUAACUUAGCAAAAAAAUAUAAUGUCGCUAAGUCAACAAUGCAGUAUUAAAAAGAAAAAAGAAGCCAUUUUAAAAUGCGUGAAUAAUACAUACCAAGGACCGGGAAAAAGAAAAAACUUUAAAAUCGUCAGAGCUUCCAGCUAUGGAAAAAAGUCUAUACCUUUGGUUCAUCCGGAUGCGCGAAAGGAAUUGUCUUGUAAGUGGAUUAAUGCUAAAAGAAAAGGCUAAGGAAUUGCAUUCCCUACUUAAAGAAAACGCGACCGGAUUCAAUGCUAGUGACGGAUGGCUCCAGAGAUUUAAGAAAAGAUACGGAGUUAGAUUGCUUAAAGUAUCUGGAGAAAAACUCUCAUCGCAGCCUCAAUUGGUUGAUCCAUUUAAACUGAAACUAAAACAAAAAAUUGAGGAAAUGGAGUUAUGUAAUGACCAAUUGUAUAAUGCUGACGAAUCUGGUUUAUUCUAGAAGCUUUUGCCAGAUAAGACCUAUGUAUCAUCGCAUGAAAAAACUGCUCCAGGAACAAAGACGGAGAAGAAGCGUAUAACAUUUCUCUGUUGCGCAAAUCCACACAGCUUUAAACACUUUAGUUGCCCUACGGAUUAUAAGAACUCGAAAUCAGCCUGGAUGACGUCUGCCAUUUUUAAACAUUGGUUUCAUCAAUCUUUUGUGCCACAGGUAAGAUUGUUUCUAAAGCGGAAGAACUUACCAAUAAAGGCACUAUUACUUAUUGACAACGCUCCCUCUCAUCCAAGUGAAGCAGAAUUAAAAACUGAAGAUGGAAAUAUAAUUGUCAUGUUUAUGUCACCCCUCUUAUCCAACCUAUAGAUCAAAAUGCGAUUAAAAUAACGAAGUUAUAUUACAGAAACAGUUUGUUGGCUUCAAUAGCAGCAAAAAACUUAGAAUUGCUUGAAUAAAUGAAAAAUGUAACGUUGAAAGAUGCUGUUACCCUUUUAUCUGUCGCGUGGGAUCGGGUCAGCACAGAAACUCUUGCCAAUUGUUGGAAAAAAAUUUUAAGUUUAAUGGGAAACGAGGAGGACCCUGAAUAUAACAUUCCAUUAAGUAUCCUGAAAGACAAAUGGAGUGCAGAAAUAAACUCUUUAAUGCGAAUGUCAGUUGAUCUCCUUCAGGACUUGAGUCCUCAGGUUGAGUUUACAUUGCCAAUGGUUCGAGAGUGGAACGAUGACCCUUGUGUUGAUGAUACCACCGAAAUCUAUGAAAUCACCGAAAUCUAUGAAAUUGAAGAAAGUGACGAUGAUGAUUGUAUUGCCGAAGACCCCAUAAAGAAAAUUGCCGCAAGUGAGGCAGUUGAAAUCUUUAACAAGGCAUUGCAAUGGGCUGGAGAUGCAAUGGUUGAUCAAAGCGACAUGAGUGUACUUAGCCGCUUAAGGGAGAAAGCAGUAUUUCAGCUAUUAGAAAGGAAAAAGCAGCAGAAAAAGAUAACGGAUCUUUUUAAUGAAUAAAUCUAAUGUGAAAUUUUAUUCGUAAUUUAAUAUGUAUGUUCAUAUCCAUGAACAUACUAAUGGCAAUAAUAAAAUACUUUUACAUUUAAAUGUGUAAAAAUCCUGAAUUUAGCAAUUUGAAGUUAUUUUGCGUCUUCAAAUUCGACAAUCGCUAACGUGAACAUUUUCACUAACGUGAACUCCCUUGGUUUUAAUUAGUUCACGUUACCGCAAGUGCACUGUAAUUAUAAAAAAGUGUAAUAUUUCUUUAUUUUUUUAAUAAAAUUUAGUUGCAUGCAUUUAUAGAAAUUAUAUACAAUUUAUUUUCUAUGCUUUCCACUGUGGGUACCCGGUUGCUAAUAGGGCGAUGGCUAGAGUUUAAGCUUAUUAAAAAAAACUAAAAAAUAAAUCAAUUAAAUGAACUUACAAAUAGCUUUCUUUUAAGUUAAAAAACGACGAUUUGAGAGCUUAAAAUGAAAUAUUGAUUUUUUUAUGCUAUUCACACUAAUACGAUACACCGCGGUGGGUACCCGGUUACUAACAUAAGGGUUAAAAAAUGAUAUAAUACAACGUUCGGAAUCACAAUAUGCAAGUCCAGUUGUGAUUGUAAAAAAGAAAAACGGUAACGAUAUUAUAUGUACUUUAUACAUAUGUAUUGAUUAUCGACGUUUAAACAAACUAAUUGUCAAAGAAAUAUUUCCACUUGCAAAUAUUGAAGAGUGUCUUCAGGAAGCAGCGCGUUAUAAAUAUUUCACAACGCUUGAUUUGAAUAGUGGGUACUAUCAAAUUGAAACCAGAAAGCCGUAAGUAUACAUCUUUUGUCACUACCAACGGUUUAUACGAAUUUAAAAGAAUGCCAUUUGGACUGAAGAACGCUCCAAUAGUAUUUCAACGUUUAAUGUCUAAAAUCCACAUUUGACAUUGAAUAUUUCAAAAUGCGAGUUUUUGAAAACGACAAUGAAUUUCCUUGGACAUAAAAUAUCACCGAAUGGUUUAACUCCAGGUCAAGCGAAAACGAACGCAAUACAGAAUUAUGAACGACCAGCAAAUGUUACAGAAGUUAGAAGAUUUCUAGGGUUGAGUGGAUAUUUCGAAAAUUAAUUCCAGGUUACGCAAUAAUAUCCGAACCUAUUCGAAAACUGUUACCUAAAAAUGAAAU